UCUGGGUACCAGCUCCCCGCUUCCCUGCGCGCGGCGGGCUGGCAUCGGGCCCGGCGGAAGCGGAGCAGGUCUGCGGGUCUAAGUGUCAAGAGUACUGGAGACGCACUUGCAGCGAGAAUCGGGAGGAGGAGACAGCAAGGAUAGGCCCAGGAGCAAUGGAGUCCAAAGAGGAACAGGCACUGAAAAAUAUCAACAUGGAAAGUGCCAACGAGGAAAAUGAAAAAAAGGAUGAAAAAGAGCAAGAUGCUAAUAAAGGAGAGUCUUUGGCCCUCCCUUUGGAAGCUGGUGAAUACUGUGUACCUAGAGGAAAUCGUAAGCGGAUCCGUAUUAGGCAGCCCAUCCUGCAGUAUAGAUGGGACAUGACUAAGAGGCUUGAAGAACCACAGGCAAGGAUGAGAGAAGAGAACAUGGAAAGGAUUGGGGAAGAGAUGAGACAACUCAUGCAAAAGCUGAGGGAAAAGCAGCUGAGUCAUAGCCUGCGGGCAGUUAGCACUGACCCUCCUCACCAUGACCAUCAUGAUGAGUUUUGCCUUAUGCCUUAAAUCCUGAUGUUCCCCCUGAAGUUAAUGGGGGGGGGGGGGACACAUCUGCUUCCUAAACUUACAUGUUCAUGAUGUACCUUUGUUGUAAACCUUUUGAUGCCACUCAUUUCUGGUGUGUCUCAUAUUACCAGCUUCUAGUUGAAUGUGUUUUUGACCUAGUCUGUAAGAUUUUGUUAGCAGGAGAAUUUUACCUAGUGCAUGACAAGAUGCUUAUUAUAUAUUGUGAAGUUAAUAAAGCAGUUUAAAAAAG